GCGGGGAGGGAGCCAGUAGCGAGCCGGACGUUGUAGGGUAUGGACGCUGCGUCUCCUACACCAGUUCUCCACACACGCGUCAGCUCCGCAUAAACAACCACAAUCCACUUUAAAUUCCUUAUCUUAAUCCUCCAUCGCGUCUCCAGUUUCUUGAUGAUAAUCCUCGAGUGAUCUUGUCAUUUAUUGAUGAAUUCCAGGAAGCAUGAAUGUCUUGUGAGUACAUAUGCUUGCCAGCGCGUAUGGGCAUCGAACUUCACGUGUCAAAUGUUUGGUGGUUAAUACAGCAAAGAUUAUAAGUAUUUUCUGGGUUUGAAUUUUUACUUGGACGAAAUUUUGUGUCGGAACUUCAAGAUGUUUCGUACAACGCUCAUCAUCUUCUGUUGUUACGCCUCUGCUAGCGCCAAUAUGCUGACAGAUUAUGGUGAGUCAAGUGUGACGUCAGACUCUGGCAGCCAACACGUUUCUGGGAGUCACCUCUCUGAUGUGUCAUUGAGUCACUCGGGGUCACCGUGGGGUGAUGACUACUACCAUGACACCCUGGACCCAGAGGAGACCUUACCAACGAUCACCUCCACCAGUCAAACCUUGGCUGUGAUGGUGGGCGACCCUGUGUUGUUGCCCUGUGAUGUACAUAACCUGGGAACCAUCAGCCUCAGCUGGCGUCGUGGAGUAGAGACGCUGUGGGUCCUGAAGAAGCAGCCUGAGGGUCCCCUUCUCCAGGCAGUGUCGCAGGAUCAUCGGUUGGGGCGGAAUGGCACCUCCCUCACACUGUCGCAGGUGCAGCCAGACCACCAGGGUAUCUACACUUGUGAGAUUGCCACCCAGCCACCCCGUACCCUCAGUCACACCCUCACUGUCAAAGUGCCACCGUCAGUAUACCCUAUCAACAACCGCAGCACUGUGACUGUCAAGAUGGGUGGUGCUAUCACUCUCAGCUGUCAGGCCUCUGGCAACCCCACACCCAAGGUGACCUGGAGUCGUAAGGGAGGUAAUCUGCCCGGGCCAGCACAUGGAGCCAGCCUGACACUAGAUGAAGUGGUGCCUGAAGACAAUGGCAUGUAUAUGUGUAUGGCAAAUAAUGGAGUGGGCAAGCCUGCUACUGCUACUGUCACCCUAAGUGUCAUGCAUCCCCCGAAGGUUUGGGCUGAGAAUGAGGAGGUAUUCUCGGGUGUGACUUACGAUGCCACUCUUGCCUGCUAUGUGGAUGCUGAACCACCACCCCAGGUCAAGUGGUACCGGGUAGGAGACAUUCCUGUUGACCCUCUCAGGCUUAUUAGAACUGUCAACCCAAAGAUGCGGUAUUCGCUGCAGUUUGAUCACGUAAAUCUCGAUGAUUUUGGUGACUACACCUGCAAUGCCACCAACAUGAUGGGUAACUCCUCCACUGUCAUCCGUCUCUCAGGACGACCAAAACCCGUCAGGUUCACCAGCUCCAACCAGGGCAAGAUGGAAACGAAUUACACCCUUGUGUGGCAAGUGGAGAGUUACGCCCCCAUCCUGUCCUACAAUGUUGCUUAUAGAAAUGAGAGUGGCAUGGAGGAACAGUGGGUGAACUUCACAGUUCCUGGCACAACCUCCUCCUCCAUCUACCACUCCAUGAGCCACACCUUCAACCAGUUAGAACCAGGAGCUUCUUAUUCUGUACAAGUUACUGCUAAGAAUGAGUUUGGCGAGUGUGAUAACAACGAAACAUUCACCUUUACCACGUUUGAUCCAAGUGAUCAAGCUGAGGAGAAGGACACAAUCCUCGUCAUCGAUCUACUUCAGGGCGUGGUUUCAGAGGUCGUCGGGGUGAAUGAGUCCCAGGCGACACCCAUGUCUGGUGUAGAUGAUGCAGACAGUUCCGAUGACCCCAGCAGGAUGAUGGGCAGUGUGACUGAGGGGGAGCAAGUCCACAAAAAGAAGGUUCCGAAUGCAGAGACUAUGGCUGUACAGGAUGACUCAUCAGGAGCAUUCACCUUUACUCUCACACCUGCGGAGAAGCGCGCUCAGAUGGUGGCCUUCGUCACAGCCAUUAGUCUAUCCUGUUUUUUCUUAUAAUUUGCUAUGAGGGUGAGUACAGAAGCUGUGAGAAGAAUUGUUUUCAUCCCCGGCUUAGAAAUGUACAUUACUGGAGAUGCAGGAGAUCUCCCAAUUGCCUGACUCACUACCUCUGGGAGACCAUCCCUAGUGAAUGAGUUUAGGAUGCCAUGUUAAAGGAGAAAUCAUACUCAUUUGGAUGUCACAUUUAAGGGAUCACACUUACUGGACUUGGCUUAUAAAAAAUUCCACUCAUUUGAACUUAACACUUACAGAAAUAAAAUGAUUUGGAAGUCAUGUUUACGUGUCACAAUAAAGGAAUGAAACUUAUUUGGACUUCAUGUGUAAAUCCAGUACAGUACAACCGCGAUAUGACAGAUCUCGGCUUUAACGGACACUGACCCAUUCGGACUAGGUUCAUAUAGAUAUUACGGACUCGGGCCCAUUAAAGUAAAAAAAUAAUGGACUUGGGUUCAUUCAUAUCCAAAUUAUCAGAAAUAAUUACCCUGGUAGUUAUGAGCAUUGGUGGUGAGUGUUUGUGUUGAUGGUGAGUGUUGGUGAUGGUGGUUGGUGAUGGUGGUGAGUGUUGGUGGUGAUGGUGAGUGUUGAUGGUGAGUGUUAGUGGUGAUGGUGGUAGUGGUGAGUGUUAGCAGUGAAGGGGAGUGGUGAAUGUUGAUGGUGAGUGGUGGUGGUGGUGGUGGUGGUGUUGUUAAUGGGGAGUGUUGGCGGUGAAGGUGAGUGGUGGUGAAUGUUG